AGCUGUAUGGUAGUUAGGGUUUGCUCAUUUGUGUAUAUUUUUGCUUGAGCUGCCUUCCAGCUGUUUCGUCUCUCGUCGGCUCGCUUCUGCUUUCCAUAAAUCCAAUCAGGUAAGGUCCAACGUAAGAGGGAGUGCAAAUGGUUGAGAAAACAAGGGGAAGAAAGGAAGAGGUGGUGACUAGAGAGUACACCAUCAACCUUCAUAAGCGCCUCCAUGGCUGUACAUUCAAGAAGAAGGCUCCCAAGUCUAUAAAGGAGAUCAAGAAAUUUGCAGAAAAAGCAAUGGGGACAAAGGAUGUCAGAGUUGAUGUCAAGCUGAACAAGCACAUCUGGAGCAGAGGGAUCCGAAGUGUCCCAAGAAGGAUAAGGGUCCGCAUUGCUCGCAAGAGAAACGACGACGAAGAUGCUAAGGAGGAGCUCUACUCCCUGGUAACUGUCGCAGAAAUCCCAGCUGAAGGACUGAAGGGUCUAGGAACCAAGGUCAUCGACGACGAGGAGUAAUUUCAUUGAUCUUUAGUUCACCAAAAGCGCACUGCUG